UAUCCUAUAAAAAAGAAUAAAUAUGGCUUUAUCAUUUAAAACAAGUUGUAUUUUAAUUAUCGUAAAUAUAAUAUGUUGUUAUCAAUUGAUUAAUUGUGAAGAUGUAGUAAAUACUAAUGCAUCGAUGGUAUCAUCUUCAGAAGUUGUGAAUCGAAUACCUUUACAACAAGCAGUGGAAACUUGUAAUUCAACAUAUAAAAUUGAUGAGGCCUGGUUAAAAGAAUUUAAUAACUCUGGAUCGUUUCCUGAUGAAUUUAAAACUGAACCAAAAUGCUUUGUGAAUUGUGUUUUAAAAGAAUGUGGUAUCGAAAGUGAAGAUCAAAAAUUUGAUAUUGCAAGUUCUGAUUUUUAUUUGUCAUCUUUACGUUCAGAACGAUUAGGUGAUAUGAUAGACGUUAUUAAAAGAUGUAUAAAGCACACAGAUGAAGAAGAGAGUGGAGCGGAUAAAUGUGAACGAUCCUACGUGUAUGCAAAAUGUGUGGUCGAAGAACUGAGUCGACGAUUUCGAUCAGGAAUAAUUGCUGAACUCUAAUAAUUUUGGCAUUGAUUUUUGAAUUCAUAUACUUAGAUAAAUAAUUAUGCUUUAUUUAUUUAAUACUUUUUGAAAGACGCAAUUCUUAUGAUGUUACACGAAUUAUUACCUAUUAUUAUGUUAUUACAAUAUGUUAUUGUGAAAUAAAAACAAUUUCA